AUGGGCAUGCUGAAAAACACCUUUUCAUCAUUGAGCAUGAAAAAUAGGCAGCAGUCUAGGGGGAAGAAGGAAAAGGGGUACGAUUCCGAUAGUUCCUGCCAGGCUCCGGAAGAUUACUUAAUAGACAGCGCGAAAAUUAACACAAGUGGUGGUGUAUCGGGUGACUCAAAAAGUGGAGAACAAAAUGGCACAAAGUUGGGUGGCAAAUACACCACACUGAAAGGGAAGGCGCAGAACGGACAACAGCUAGCCACACAGAGGAAGAAAAAAAAAAGGAAAGGAAAGUUAAAGCGAAUAAUACGCAAUACGAUGCGUCUAUUCAAGUCACCAAAUUUAGGGAGAUUAAUAUUUAAAGAAAGACAAAUAAUAGAUCCUCAAAAUAUAUUGAACGUUAAGUUCGUCCUAAAUAAGCCAACCCAUAAUCUCCCCCCGAAUGUGGUAACACAGAAGAAGAGCAUUCAAGUGAGCAAAAGUGCAGAAAGUAAAAAAGAGAUUGUCACUAAAAUUACCAAAAUAAUUCCGUUGAAGAAACCUAUCCAAUUUGUAAUGGAUAAGCCUGUAAGUAAAAAAAUUGAAUUGAAGGAAAAGACCACCCAGGAUAAAUUGCCAAAAAGUGUAUCGCCUGUUCCAUGUAAUGAGCCAUUCGAAAAUUGCUACAAGGUACGAAUAAAUAAAUGCCAAGUUCCUCGGUUGCAGGAAUUAUUUGGGCAAAUGAGAAAAGGGAGUGACUUCACAGAUAUGGAUGAAGGAACAGCAGUCGACAAGGGGGAUAUACCCGUCGGCAGGUACAAUAUGUUGGAAGAUAGCACCCACAAUAGUAGCGGUGGAAUAAAUUGUAGCGACGAAAGUGGUGAAAGCAGCCAAAGUGAUGAAAUCGGUGAAAACUGUAAACUCCGUGAUAAGAGUGCUUCAUUAGGGGAAGAACAUAAGGAGAACACACCCCUAGGAGACAAAACCAACAUAUUUAAUGACCUACUACAAAGUGUAAAGCCUUGUAGAAGCUACAACAUGGAUGUGAGCCACCCAUUAUACAACUUCUUGUGCAAAAGUGAAGACUCCUUCUUAAGUUCCAACUGGCACGAUCGAAUCAAUUACGCAUUCCGAAACAUAUGGGCCUUAAAGGAGUAUAUGCAGGAUGACAAAAGUGAGGGCGAAAGAGAAAAGGAGUUUUAUAAUGAGCUAGAAUUAUUUCAUAUGUCCAGCAAAAUAGGGGCCUGUGGAUUAAUAUACUCUCUAUUUUUUAGCAAGAACAAAUCGGAGAAUAAUUCAAUAAACUAUUUUAAAAAAUGCUUUGUCCAACUUUCCAAGGAGAACUAUCCUCACAUUUACAAAAUAUACAAACCCAAAUUUGAUGAUGAUUUAGUUUUCCUAUUUGACAGUCUCGUGUUCACAGUAAUUUUGGGAAGUAAAAGAAAUGGCAUAAAUUAUAAUAUGGCUAGAAAAAUAUACAGCAAUGAUAUUAAGGGGAAGAAGGUGCUAUGUGAUUGUAUAUUUAGUCUGAAAAACAGUUCAAAGUUUUCCUUGCCUGUGGCUAGCCAAAUUGAUUUCAUGGGCAUGCGCGUCAUUUCGGAACCUCUAAUGCCUUUAACUGAGGCCCAUCCCCCUGUAGACGUUAUUAAGGAUAUAUUUAGAGGCUUUGCAUUUAACAAUUACAUGAGUGAUGGUAUUAGCAGCGACGAUGUCAAUACGAAUGAUCAUCUCCUCAGUGAUAAGCAGACAAUGAAAAAGAAGCCUCAAAAUAAAUGUAUGAAUUUACACAACGAGGAAAAAUACCUAAAGAAGAAAAAGGAAAAAGUGUUCUAUGAAAGAAUACUAUUGGAGAUGGAAAACUAUGACCACGAGUUGUACCAACAGAUAAGGCAAAUGAGCGAUUCUAUGAAUUACCACAGUUGCAUUUUCCCCUUUGGAUUCUCCAAUUAUUACAAAUGUAAAAUAUUUAAAAAGAGAAAUAAUGUAAAAAUCUUCAAAUCGAUAAUUGACAAUCUGUUCGUUGUAAGGGGGACAGAAGAGGUACUCCCCCCAUAUAUUGACAAGUCAACGGAAGGAAAUUUUACCAAAAGGAUAAGAUAUGAGUUUAUAAAAAAUUAUUAUGAACACUCAUUAUGUAAUACUACCUUAUCUAUAGACAUUAAAAAUUAUAAAUUUAAAAAGUAUAAAAAUAACGUCGAUCUUUUGAAAGACGCUAGUAGGGAAUGCCUCCACAACAUUGAUAAUUAUAUUUUACCCAAGGUUGUAAAUAUCAUCUCAAAUUUUAGCGACAGUUUUGACAUCACGAAUGUUUAUCAUUCCCACGGGGUUAACAUGCAUCACCUCGGAUAUGUACUACGCACUGAUGGGGAUACAACACACCCUGAGUUCCUCUCAGAGAUUAUCUGCAGAGAAAUUAUUUGCCGCACGUUAAAGUCUAUAUAUUAUGAGCACAUACAUUCCUUUCUGUUAGGAGCACUAGGAAAAGAAAAAAAUGGUACCAGCGGGAACUGUAAAAGGGAGAAUCAACCCUGUUCUGAUGAGAAUCCUUACCCUAUGCCCCAUUUCAUUUAUGAGGAGAAUGUCCACCAUUGUGACGACCCCAGUGGUAGCAGCAGGCGGAGGAGAAACGACCAAUGGGACGAGGGGGCACUCGAAGAAUGCAACAAAUUUAUCUGCUUCUGUGAAAAGUGUUCCACAGAGUGGGAUUAUUUUCCGGAGUAUGUGCCGCAUAAAUUUCUAAUUCGCUUGGUAAACUUAACCCUAAAUAUUAGGACAUUCGAUUCACUGCAGUUCUGGCACCAGGUGCUACUACCAGAGUGUAUGAGGAAAUUUAAAAUCAACCUAAACGAUCAUGUUAAUAUUAAAGAGAUUGAAAUUUAUGGACUACUCAUAUGUAUGGAGUACCACUUGGGCGUCUACUUUAACAAGGAGUGUAAGAGGAAUUAUAAAGUGAGACUGCCGCUAACCUUGGAGGAUAUGUCUUCCUUUGAUUCGAAGAAAGAGAGCGUUCUGUUUCCGAAUGUUGCACACCUGAGGGAGGUCUGCGAGUGGGCGGGAAGAUCGGAGAUCGGAGAAACGAUUGAAGGAUCAAGAGAAGCAGUUAGUGAAAUAUCGGGCGAUCACGGUGAUGACGAAGCGAACGCUUCAAAUACCCAUGGGUAUAUUCGCGAAACGGUCAGAAGUGACACCCGUGCUAGGAGGCGGGGGCACGCUUACAAGUCCCUCUAUAAGGGUGUCACGACAGUUGCACAGAGGAGUUACUGUAGUUCAGAGCGUAGUUUAAGUGGAGGAUCGGAAAACCGACAUACUUUGGAGAAAAAUGUAAUCAGAAGGCAUCACGAUGAUAGUUCUACUUCCUCCAGCAAUGGUAAUAGCAAUGUUAGUAGCAAUGUUAGUAGCAAUGCUAGUAGCAAUGCUAGACACCAAAACGUGUACUCCUUGGUUGACAAGAUACGCAAAAAAAAAUUGUUAUCCUUACGGAGAGGUAGCCGUGCGGCAGAAAAACAUAAAAGGGAUUUUACACCUAGCACCAGCGUGAGUAGUCGCGUAAGGGAGAACAUCCCAAGCAGUAUGAAUUUGUGCAAUAAAUUUCAAAGGAGUAACAUUGCUCUGUUCUAUCCCAAGACAAAAGGAUCCUUCCCAAAGUAUGCCACGUGGAGUUUCAAAACGGUGGAAAAGCUAAUAUCACCAAAUUUUAUUAUGCAGGAAAAAUUUAAGGUAAAAAAUAUGCUAAAGGAAAACGUUGUGAACAUAAUACACCCGAAAAAUAGCGACUUUUUACAGAUGAGCAAUAUAUGCACAGUUGGCUCAUGCAACAAGAUCAAGAGUUUUAUCCAUGAGUAUAAUAUUCCUUGCCACCCCUACUGUAUACUGAAUGAAAAAAUGAAAUGCAUAAAUUAUGUUAGGGCUAAGAAGUGCAUUUAUCUCCUGCUAAAUGUUAGCCUGGAUAAAAACAUUUUCGAGUUAUCCAAACAGUUUUUGUUUCUGGCUUAUCUGCAUUUCGAGCAUGGCUAUGUGAAGAAGUGUCUAGAUGUCUGCUACUACAUUUAUGGGGUUAUUCCGAACAUAGGGACAAUAAGGAGGGAUAUACUCAUCCUAAUCCUUCAGUGCAAAGUGAAGGAGGGGAAUAUAGAUGAUGCGCUCAUAAUUUACAAGCUCAUCGUCAUUUUUAACAAAUUUUAUGAAGGACAUGGUAACAGCGUGCACACGCUUAUUUGCAAUGUUCUAUUGGCUAGCUACUACUAUGAUAGGGCAAACGAGCGCAGAGGAAAAUGUACCAGUGGGAGGGGCAUCUGUGACAAAGGGCGGGAAAAUUACCUCAGUAACAUUCCCAAUGCAGACCGCAGAAAUCACAACCAGGGUGAUUAUCAAAUGGAGGUAUUUACGACAGAUGAAGAUUGUGGAAAGAACAAGGUGUUGCUAGACCAAGUGGACCAUUUCGAGUUAAAGAAAAGGUAUUUACUAAAGGCUUUGCACUACGCAGAAGAAAGUUACGGAGCCAUUUCGACAACGUUAUGUGAUAUUUCUACACAUUACGUGUGCAUAUUUGCGCUGAUGCUACAAGGAAAUAUUCUAAUGGGACUGCACAAAUUCCAGAGCGCGAUAAAGUACUACAAUAUAUCACUUCAGAAUUGUGAACGAGCCAAAGUGCCCAAUUUUGUUACAUUACAAAAUAAAUGCCUGCUAGCAGAGUCUUUAAAAAAUAAUGGCAAUUAUGAUAAAGCCAUCGAAAUAUCAGAAGAGUGCCUAAAGGCAUUAAGUAGCUGCACACAGUCUUCACGCAGUCUAACGCUGUACGUACUUUUUCGGCUAGCUGAAAUGAAACAGUACAUAGGGUGUAGAGAUUUAGUUUAUCCAAAUAUCUUCCUAGAUAACAUUCCCAAUGCUCACAUAAAAAAAAAAAUUACCACUUCAGAUUUUGUGAUUUUUGAAAAAAACUACUUAAAUGAAAAGAAUAAAAAGUAUAGAAAGGAGGCAAUUGACUUGUACAUAAAAUUAUACUAUAGGUUAAAAACGCAGAAGAACUACAACCUCGUUUUUGCUAAAGACAUUUUCGGGUGCUACUACACAAAGGAUGAUUUGUUAUCUCAGAAGAAUGUGAAAACAGACAUGCACCAAGAUUAUAUGGAAAAAAUAUUCCUAGUGAUAAGGGAGAUCCUAAAAAUAAAAGUAAUUUCCUUAAGCAUGAAGAAGCAGGUCAUGUUAGCUUCCAAACUGUUAUGCAUCGUGCUAACGAAAAAUUCUUCCCCUUUUGUAAGAGAAUUGACUUUGCUAAAAAGAGGGGCAAAAAAGAAUGUGUACGAAAAGAACCUAUCAUAUGAUAAGUUUCACUCUGAUGAAUGUAGCCCCACAAUGGUACAGCCCAGUGUAACCAAAAGGAAAGACCAUAUGAGUAGGACGCCAUACAAGCAUAACAAUGAUCAAGUGUAUAUAACAGACCUGCUUAGUGAUAUUCACACAAAUGGUCAGGAAAUAUAUGCCAGAAAAACAUUACCCUUCCAACUGGGUGAUUUCCACCAAAGUAGGCAAAGCAAUUUCUUCCACAGAAGUUGUUACACACAUGAAUAUGACUACAUAUCUAUCGAGAAGCUACUCUUCGAUGAAACCUAUUUUGUCAUAGAAGACAUAUGCAAAUGGUGCUAUACAAAAUGUGACUCGUUCAAUAGUAAGCAAAAGGUUGCAACAGAAACCAAUUUGAGCCACUUGCUAAACCCUAGCAUAUGGUUUGACCUACUUUUUUUUUCCGUGAUGAAAGGUACUUGUAGUUAUACCGAACUGCUCAUCCUCAUCGACUUGGUUAAAUUUUUUUUAACGCCUUUGCAAAAACAGCUAGUUUUAUUUCGUGUCAAAUCCUUAAGCAAUAUUAGAGGAGAUGAGCAGUACUCGGAGUAUAUGGAGCAUUUGCUAAAUAAUGAGGGGAAGGAAAUUUUGCGUAUUAUGAAUAUACUGGAUAGGGAAAAAAAUUCAGGCAAUUUGUGUGUAGAUGAACACCCCGAACUUUGUAACUUGCACAAAAAGGAUGUGGUAAAAAAUGUUGAUUAUUUGUCUAACAUUAUUGUCACCAACCCCUGGCUCAUGUCCACUUCCAAUAUAUUUGACAACGCAAGGUGA